AUAUUUCCAAUCGAAUGCUCACAUGAACACUCCUUCAACCAUGACCUCCAAGGAGAGCGACUAUGUAGUGGGGUCCCACAUUGCUCACUCGGGAAAAGAUGAUACAGAGAAGUCGUCCCAAGGACAAUCAGAAGAAGCUGUAUUUGAGACCCACGAGGGUGAAAUGGAGUUUAAAACUCUUCACUGGCCUAUGGCCGCUAUAGUUAUGACAAAGAUCCAAUUCGGUUUGGGUAUCCUCUCUGUACCGGCUGCAUUCGCCUCUCUCGGAGCCGUCCCUGGUGUAAUUAUUCUUUUAGUUAUGGCCGUAUUAACCACUUGGGGUUCUAUCAUUACUUACGAAUUCCGCAACAACCAUAAAUCGACACAUUCUGUACCGGAUAUAGCGAUGAUUAUGGGUGGUAGACCGGCAAAAAUAGCGCUCUAUUCUUUUUACAUUCUUUACAUCGCUUUCGUUUUAGGUGCUCAAUUAUUGUCAAUUUCAAUAGCAUUUAACGCUAUUACUGCCCACGGUACUUGCACUGUUGUUUUCACAUUCGUUGGUCUCGUUUUGAUUACAAUUAUUGGGUCCUUCAGAACAUACAGGAUGCUCUCAUGGUUAGCAUGGGCCGGUGUUGUUAGUAUCCUUGCAUCAGUCAUGAUACUCACUAUUGCUGUUGCUGUUGGUCCGGAUAGACCUGCAGCCGCACCAUCAGUUGGUCCAUACGAUAAAGAAGUAGCAGCAACACACCAAACAACCUUCGCUAAUGCUUUCCUUGCAAUUGUCAACCUUCUUUUCGCCUACGCCGCCAGUCCAAUGUUCGUCACUAUAGUUCCAGAGAUGCGUGAACCUAAGGACUUCCCAAAGGCUCUUUACGUUUGUCAGGGUAGUAUCACCGUUGUUUAUAUCGCAUUAGGUCUCGUUGUUUAUUAUUACACCGGCCAAUAUGUCGCUUCACCCGCACUCGGUAGCGCGGGUCAACUCAUUAAGCGUAUCGCUUAUGGUGUAGCACUUCCAGGUCUUGUAGCUGGAGCUGCAAAUAUCUGUCACAGUAUUAGUAAAGCUGUCUUUGUACAGACGAUGCGUAACAAUAAAAACUUUAAAACAAACAAUUGGGUUUUUUGGUUGGUAUGGAUAAGUUGCGCUGCAGCUUGCAGUAUUUUUGCUUUCAUUAUUGCAUCAGUCAUUCCAUUCUUCGAUUCUUUACUUGGAUUAAUAGGUUCAGUUUUCUCUUCAUUCUUCUGCAUUUGGUUUAACGCAAUCGUUUGGUUCUGGGAGUGGUGGCCAGCCGAGCCCAACAGGAGUUGGAUUGAUGGCUUCAAGAAGACUAGCAAGGGGCACUGGAUUAAGGCCUCCAUUAAUAUCUUCAUGCUUCUGGUUGGCUUGCUUAUCACUGCCGCCGGUUUGUAUGCCUCUGGCAUGUCAAUCAAAGAGCAAUUCGAUCAGGGAGCUGUCGGCAGGCCAUUCUCAUGCGCAGAUACAUCCUCCACGAGUUAGUCAUUGAUCGACAAUUCAACGAGAUUUUUCAUUCUUUCAAAACAUAAUGAGCAUUGGAUUUUAUAGAUUUCUUUUCCUUAAUAAUAAUCAGAAAAUAGAGAUGUAUUCUAUACUUUAAAUUUCAUUCAUGGAUUCAUUAAUAAA